AACAGACAAUACCACAAGUGUUAGUACAGUAAGAGAGCAGCAGGACCCUGUGUUUUAGAAGAAAAAGAAAACCUAAACCAUGUAAUUUGGAAUUGUCCCUACAAAGGCCCUGCUAAAUGAAACACACUUACGAAAGGCAGCAGCAACCCAAGAAGAGGUGCUGAGAAUGAGUCCAAAUAUUUGUUGGCUUUGUAAGUUAUUCAGAGAUGAUGAAAAUGGAAUCACUUCUAAAUUGUCACUGGAGGAAGUACUACAGUGGUCCCAAUCUUUUGAAAAGCUGAUAGCUAAUAAAUAUGGAACUAUAAUCUAUAGGACCUACCUGAAGACUGAACACAGUGAGGAAAACAUUGAAUUCUGGCUCGCAUGUGAGACUUACAAGAAGACUGCAUCACAGAAGAAAAGAAAUUCUAUGGCCAAGAAACUUUUUAAAGAUUAUAUUCAACCCCACGCUCCUAAAGAGAUUAAUAUUGACAGUCCUGCAAGGGAAGCCAUUACCAGGAAUAUUCAAAAACCAACUCAGUCCUGUUUUGAUGAAGCUCAGAAAAUUGUUUACAUGCAUAUGGAAAGGGACUCAUAUCCCAGAUUUCUUGGAUCAGAUAUCUAUCAGAAACUUAGGCUUCAGACUGACAGCAAUGAUUCACUGAUACAUUAAAGA